CUGAACUCUGUAAAAAGACACCCUGAGUUGAAGGUCUCCUUCAAAUGAAAUAAAAAGCAAAGUUAAAAUAUACAUGCAGCAAACCACUGUUUUGAUGGACACGUGCAGUCUGCAUAACUGUCUCUCCUAACAAGACCAGGUUUCCUCCAGAAAGUUUCCCAAUUACCUAUGAAGCCCACAUCUUUGGUGAUCACAGUGGUCGUACACAGGAAGGCAGAUGAUUACGGUAGCAGGUGAAUGAGGUGGAACUCCUACUAGGACAAGCUGAGGCAACUGAUGUGAACAGCAGUCUCCCUGAAUGUCUCCUCCUGAGGAACGAGGAGGUCAGGUGGUGCAGGAGCAGGAUGGGCGGUGACCAGCUCAGUAACAGGAACAGCACUGACCCUGGUGUUGAUCACAACAAGCUCAUGAUGACCUGAUGGUGGAGAACAUGAGGUGGUCGUGUGUGGAGAAAGGAUACAGUGCUGUAGAAACAGUUAAAGUGUGUAAAAGACUGUGAAUGUACUGUUUGCUGUCAUCUGAGAGAAAACCAGAGUUUCUCUGUAAUAAGCAGAGAGGAGAAGCGGUGUGGGGAAAACCUGCAAGCAGGCGUCUGGCUGCACUGCUGCAGGCUUCCAGAUACUCACUGUUGGAGGCUACAAGGAAUCAGCCCAGCUGUCUGCACGAUGUCCAAACUAAAGUCGCAGGGCGUUAGUGGUACCUGUCUGUGGUUCUGACUAAUCUUGAAUGCCGUGUAUGUCCAGCUGGUUACCCACCUUCUCGUCCCCAGGUGUUCCAGAGGAGGACGGACGGCUCGGUGAACUUCUACAGACCCUGGAGUCAAUACAAGAUGGGCUUCGGUAACCCUGCCAGAGAGUACUGGCUCGGCCUCGAGAGUCUCUUCCACCUCACUCUGAGGAAAAGGUACGAGCUGCUGGUCGACAUGGAGGACUUCAGUGGAAACGUGGCGUUUGCCCGUUACUCCUCGUUCUCCAUCAAUCCAGAGUCCGACGGAUACAGACUGCACGUGUCCGGAUUCAUUAACGGAGGGGCAGGAGAUGCCCUGAGUUGUCACAACGGACAGAAGUUCUCCACAUUUGACAAAGACCAGGACAGCUGGGCCGGGAACUGUGCCAAAUCAUAUCUGGGGGCGUUCUGGUACAACACCUGUCUCGGUGCAAACCCUAACGGGGUUUAUCGUUGGGGGGCUGAUGGUACUAUCUAUGCUGUUGGUGUGGACUGGUUCGAGUGGAAAGGUCUUAACUACUCCCUGAAGACCAUCAGCAUGAAGAUCCGUCCUGUGCAGUAAAUCCGCAGAACGAACACAGAGGCGUUUAUUAAAUAUAUAACUAUAAAUCUUUUACACAUGACUUUUCAAAUUUGUACUUUGUUCAUUUGAUGCAUUAACAUUUUGUGUGUUUUGUAUGAAACUUAAACCAAAUAAAUCUAUAUGAAGGCUGUUCAAACUGUACUACAGCAGCACACAAUAUGAAGCAGUUACAGUAAAACGUGAGACUGUUGCAGAUUUUUAAUGUGUGUUUUCACAGUUUAACAGUGUAACCUGUUUAUCCAUACAUGACAUACUGUGUGCAUGUUGGAUUUACUUCAUUCAACAGUGGACAUUGGUUGCACACAGAUGUUCUGUGUUGGCAGGACCUUAAACAGUUGAGUUAAAUUAACACAAGUGAUUCAUAUUCAAUAAACUUGAGCAUUUAGUGUUGAUUAAAUGUGACUGAAACAUGUUUUGAUGAAGUCAUUUGAGCUUCUGGAAUAUUUGAAUCCAUCACAAUUUUCUCACUUUGCUCCAACACUGUUCAAUAACUUUUACCCCAAUGCUACUUGGUCACUGAAAUACUCCGUGUUAUCUUCAUAUUACAUGUUGGUAUCAUAUUCCAGUAUCAAAUACACAAUUUUCCAAUGGAGGCCUUAUAACAGAUUGUAGAUGGUUGCCAGGAUCCACCAGUAACCUUUCAAAAUAAAAUGUCUGAUUUCACUGCAGUGACAGCAGGUAAAGAACUGACCUGACAUCACUGCUCUACUAAAUCAUAAACCAGCAGUAAUGCCAGUUUUUCACUGUUUUGUCGAGGUUCUCAGAGCAUCUUUAACUUUCAGAAUCAGUAUGACACGAGUGUUUCAGAGCAGCAGUCAGACUGUGAGUGUGUUUGAUGAAGCUCUGAUACCUGAUAUGAAUCAUUAUCAGAUGCAUGCUGAUAAUAAAUGAGAAGCA